CGAAGAGGGAUUUGCAAGGAGGAGUGGUGCCCUGGUGCCGCCGCCGCCAUGGGGCUGCAGCCCUUGGAGUUCAGCGACUGCUACCUGGACAGCCCCUGGUUCCGCGAGAGGAUCCGAGCCCACGAAGCCGAGCUGGAGAAAACCAACAAGUUCAUCAAGGAGCUCCUCAAGGAUGGCAAGAGCCUCAUCGCCGCCACCAAGAAUCUCUCAGCUGCCCAAAGAAAGUUUGCCCAUUCACUGAGAGACUUUAAAUUUGAGUUUAUUGGUGAUGCAGAAACAGAUGAUGAACGGUGUAUAGAUGCAUCCCUCCAUGAAUUCUCUAACUUUCUGAAAAAUCUAGAAGAACAAAGAGAAAUACUGGCUCUUAGUGUUACUGAGACUCUUAUCAAACCUCUGGAAAGAUUCAGAAAAGAGCAACUUGGAGCUGUAAAGGAAGAAAAGAAGAAAUUUGAUAAAGAAACAGAAAAGAACUACAGUUUACUAGACAAGCAUUUAAAUAUGUCAGCUAAGAAGAAAGAAACUCAGUUAUUGGAGGCAGACUACCAAGUGGAGGUAAACCGAAAACAUUUUUAUGAACUAUCACUUGAAUAUGUGUGUAAGCUACAAGAGAUACAAGAACGAAAGAAAUUUGAAUUUGUAGAACCUGUCCUGUCAUUUUUUCAAGGAAUGUUCACCUUCUACCAUCAGGGUUAUGAGCUUGCCAAAGAUUUUAAUCACUACAAAAUGGCUCUGCAGAUCAAUAUCCAGAAUACAAGAAAUCGUUUCGAAGGGACAAGAUCAGAAGUCGAAGAUCUCAUGAACAAAAUCAAGCGAAAUCCCCUGGAGCAUAAAAGAGCAAACCAAUUUGCAAAGGAAGGCUACCUUUAUGUGCAGGAGAAAAGACCUGCACCAUUUGGGUCCAGCUGGAUAAAACAUUACUGCAUGUACAAGAAGGACACUAAGAAGUUUACAAUGAUACCAUUUGAGCACAGGUCAGGAGGAAAGAUUGGUGAGCUGGAAGUCCUUCUCCUUAAGUACUGUACCAAAAGGAAUACUGAUACUAUAGAUAGGCGGUUCUGUUUUGACAUGGAAGCACUAGAUCGACCUGGUAUGCCUGUUACCAUGCAAGCAUUCUCAGAAGAGGACAGAAACCAGUGGUUCGAAGCCUUAGAUGGAAAAGAAGCUGUGUUUCUCAAUUUGAACAAGGCUAACAUAAAAAGAGAAGGAAGUGCACAGUUGGAUAAGCUUGGGUUCACAAUUCUGAGAAGAUGCAUAAGUGCUGUUGAAACAAGAGGUAUAAAUGACCAAGGACUGUACAGAGUUGUGGGGGUGAGUUCAAGGGUCCAGAGACUUCUGAAUUUGUUGAUGGAUGCAAAAACAAGUAAUGAAGUUGACUUGGAAAAUUCCAUGGAAUGGGAAGUGAAAACAAUAACAAGUGCAAUGAAACUUUACUUAAGAAGCCUUCCAGAGCCCCUGAUGACGUAUGAUUUACACGGAGAGUUCAUCGUUCCUGCCAAAAGUGGAACCCCCGAGUCCCGUGUUAACGCUAUCCAUUUCUUGGUUCAUAAACUUCCAGACAAGAACAAAGAAAUGCUCGAUAUUUUGGUGAAACACUUAGCAAAUGUUUCAAAGCAUGCCAAGAAGAAUCUCAUGACUGUAGCAAAUUUAGGAGUAGUGUUUGGACCAACAUUAAUGCGACCACAGGAAGAAACUGUGGCUGCCCUCAUGGACCUGAAGUUUCAGAAUAUUGUAGUGGAGAUCCUAAUUGAAAACCACGAUAAGAUUUUUCAAACUCUGCCUGAUGCCACUUUCCCCGAGCCAAUUCCUGUGUCAGUAUCUCCUCCAAAUGCCCCACCACGACAAUCAAGAAGACAAGGGCAACGUAAUAAGAGGCCCAUUGCUGUAUAUAAUCUCUGUCUUGAGCUGGAUGACAGUGACAGUCUUAGCCCUCCAAAAGAAUGCACACCCACUGGUAGCAUGGAUUCCUUGUCUUCUCAGUCUCCCACCUGCUGCCCCAGCAGCCCUCCAGAGGCAGAGAAAAAUCAAUUUGUAGCUGACAGUGGUGACAUAGCAGACGGACAACCACAUCCUUCCAUUGACAUUCAUUCAUCAAUGGUCUCCUGGAUGAAAGCACAGGCAUGUACAGCAUCUACCUCGGACCCACCAGCAUCGUCAACGUUCUGUUUUCCUUCCCCUGUAAGAGAGACUGACAGACUAUCUGGAAGAAAAGCAAGAGCAGUGUAUCCAUGUGAGGCGGAGCAUAGCUCUGAAUUAUCUUUUCAAAUUGGGGCAGUUUUUGAAGAUGUGCAGUUUUCACGGGAACCCGGCUGGCUAGAAGGAACACUAAACGGGAAGAGAGGACUCAUUCCCCAAAACUAUGUUCAGUUUUUUUAGUUUUCUUCGUAGAAUGCCUGGAAGGUGUACAUGGUAUCCAUGGAUUUUAUGAUUCAGUUUCUUCUCUUUGGCUUCACCUAUUUUUAAUCAGUUCAGGACCUGACAAUGAGAUGGAAGACCUUCAUCUGUAUAAAGAUUUAAUAUUUUGCCAAAUAGGAAUUGCGCAGCAAUUUUAUAUGGGGAGGGGAAAGGGUGGGUAAUUUGAAAAAUAGUACUUUAGGUUUGUAAAGAGUCAUAAUUAUACAUAUGUAUGUUUGUAAGAUGAAUGUUAAAUCAAAAAAUACUUGAUUGUGCAGUAUUUACUUCUACUCUUAACAAUCUGAGACAUUUGAAUCUUUUCCGGUUCGAACCCAGUCCCCUGCCACCCUGACGUACCCACCUUAUUGAAAAAGUUGGAGAAAUGUUGGUAGUUCAGUGUAAGCUGGUAUCUUUGUGAGGGUUACAGCAGGCUACUACAGUGCUAAUUGUCAAUUUAGUUUUCCCUUACUUUGAAAGGGAGAAAUUUAGCCGGCGAAAGCACCGUUAAUUUACACUCGCAGGAAGGAAGAAUAAAAAAUACAGCUUUCAAAUGUCCACAGUGGUGCAGAUAAAUUUAUACAAAUUAUAUGGCUUCACUUAUGAUAUAUAUUUAAAGGCACAUAUAUGAUCCUCUGCGUUCUGUAGGUUUCCUCCUACCUUCAACUUAUUGGAAUCAGGACAUCUUGUUCUCUAUUAAUGCUGUGGAAAGUAUGUUUACUGUUUUGAUAAUCUGUUGACGGAAGUUCACUUUUACAUAGGCUCAAACUAGUAGUAGCAUGCAGUUGCUUUUUUCUUUCCCUUGAGACAAGUUCCAAAACUGACAUGGAGGAAUUGGAAGGAGAACUGCUUAACUCUUCUCCUACAACUAUUUUUCUCCCACCACCACCGCACACAAAGAAACCCUCCACCCUUCAUCUUCAAGCAGCUGGGUGGAGGGGAUUCUUUUUUUACCAG